CAAACUCCUAAUUACAUCCUCAAAUAUACUCUUAAAGGUCAUACAAAGGCCGUUUCAUCCGUCAAAUUUAGUGAAAAUGGGCAAUGGCUUGCUAGCUCAUCUGCUGAUAAACUUAUUAAAAUUUGGAACGCUUACGAUGGUAAAUUUGAAAAAUCUCUCUGUGGACAUAAAUUGGUUUGGCCUUGGGAUCUCUGAUGUAGCUUGGUCCAGCGAUUCAAGAUUUAUUUGUAGUGCCUCUGAUGACAAGACCUUAAAACUCUGGGAUUUUGUGACAGGAAAACCUCUUAAAACACUUAAGGGCCAUAGCAAUUACGUAUUUUGCUGCAAUUUCAACCCUCAAUCAAAUCUUAUAGUUUCUGGUUCUGUACGUAUUUUUUAUUUUGAUGAGAGUGUCAAGCUUUGGGAUGUUAAAACUGGCAGGUGCAUUCGCACUCUGCCUGCACAUUCGGAUCCAGUGACUGCGGUACAUUUUAGCCGUGAUGGGGCUCUUAUUGCAUCAAGUAGUUAUGAUGGACUCUGUCGCAUAUGGGACACAGCCUCUGGCCAAUGUCUUAAGACUCUGAUCGAUGAUGAAAACCCUCCUGUUUCUUUUAUCAAGUUUUCUCCUAAUGGAAAAUAUAUUCUUGCUGCUAAUUUGGACAAUACCCUUAAAUUAUGGGAUUACACCAAGGGCCGUUGCUUAAAGAUGUACGUUGGUCACAAGAAUGAAAAGUUUUGUAUCUUUGCAAAUUUUUCCGUUACUGGGGGCAAGUGGAUUGUUUCUGGUUCAGAAGAUAAUUUCGUAUAUAUAUGGAAUCUGCAAACGAAAGAGGUAGUGCAAAAAUUGCAAGGACACACUGAUGUUGUUCUCUGUACAGCUUGUCACCCUCAGAUUAAUAUGAUUGCUUCUGCUUCAUUAGAGGGGGAUAAAACGAUAAAGCUUUGGACUAGCGACACUUAG